UUCUCACUCCAUUCGUUGCGUGACUCUUCGAGACGAACCAGUCUGAGUAUUUGCCACGUUCAAAAUGAAGAAAGAGUUUCCUCCGUUGAAAAAUGACCGCUUGCUGCGGGCAGCGCGUGGCGACAAGGUCGAUAGGCCGCCCAUGUGGGUGAUGCGACAAGCUGGCCGCUAUCUUCCUGAAUACCACGAAGCAAAGGGAAAUCGUGACUUCUUCGAAUGCUGCCGCUCUCCAGAAAUCGCCUCGACCCUGACCCUUCAACCUAUCGACCGAUACGAUGGCCUCAUCGACGCCGCAAUCAUCUUCUCCGACAUCCUCGUCAUUCCGCAGGCCAUGGGCAUGGAAGUGAAAAUGGUCGAUGGGGUUGGACCGAAAUUCCCCAACCCGCUGCGCUCGCCUUCGGACGGACAGUACCAAGAGAUUGUCAAGCGAGAUGUGGAUGUUGCGAAAGAGCUAGAUUAUGUCUACAAAGCUAUCACAAUGACACGGGAAAAGCUCGCUGGACGAGUACCACUCUAUGGUUUUUGCGGCGCACCCUGGACCCUGCUGUGCUACAUGGUCGAAGGCGGUGGUUCGAAAAUUUUCAGAGAAGCAAAGACCUGGGUCUACAAAUACCGUCAAGAAAGCAAGGUCUUGCUCAAGAAGAUAUCAGAAAUAUGCGUUGAGUACUUGGCGCUACAAGUUGCUGCCGGAGCACAGAUCAUACAAGUCUUCGACUCCUGGGCUGGUGAACUGUCGCCAUCCUCCUUCAAAGAGCUCGCUCUUCCGUCACUCCGAUACAUUUCAGAGAAUCUCCCUAAACGUCUCCGGGAGAUGGGCGAGGACAUCGUGCCCAUGGUCGUCUUCGCCAAAGGGGCAUGGUAUGCUCUUGACGAACUCUGCGACUCCGGUUACGAUGUUGUUGGCCUCGACUGGUUACAUGACCCAUCUGAAGCUGUAAAAGUAGCUCGAGGUCGAGUUACUCUGCAAGGCAAUGCCGACCCGGGUGUACUCUACGGUGGACACGAGGCUAUCACAUCCGUCGUGGAGAAUAUGGUCCAAGGCUUUGGUGGGGGAAAAGAACGAUGGAUUGUCAACCUUGGACACGGAAUCACACCAGGCGUCAAUCCUGACGACUUGAAGUUCUUCUUUGAAGAAGUACAUAGAUGCGCAGGUGGAAAAUAAAGAGUUUAUUAGGGAAAAAUCCAAAUCAUGGUCACUGUUCGCCAAUGUCUUCGUUCCUGUCGAAAGUCUUAGGCACCGGUCUCUUACAAUUGGCGAAAGGGCUGGAAACUCGAAUGAAGGAUGAUUGCUGGAUGAAAAUGGACGUACCAGACAUGAGGCUUCUCCUCGAUAAACUUCUUCAUCAAGCCAAUGCACUCCUG